AUGUUGGGCUGGGUCCAGAGGGUGCUGCCUCAGCCCCCAGGAACCCCUCGGAAGACCAAGAUGCAGGAGGAAGAGAAAGUGGAACCAGAGCCAGAGCUGGAGGCGGAGGUGGAACCAGAGCCAAACCCUGAGGAGGCUGAGACAGAGUCCGAGUCCAUGCCCCCCGAAGAGUCACUCAAGGAGGAGGAAGUGGCUGUGGCGGACCCAAGUCCUCAGGAGACCAAGGAGGCUGCCCUUACUUCCGCCAUAUCCCUCCAGGCCCAGGGCGCUGAGAGUUCUGAAAUGAACAGUCCCAGCCGCAGGGUGCUGACCUGGCUCAUGAAGGGCGUGGAGAAGGUGAUCCCACAGCCUGUCCAUAGCGUCACGGAGGACCCGGCUCAGAUCCUGGGGCACGGCAGCACUGGGGACACAGGGUGCACAGAUGAACCCAAUGAGGCCCUCAAGGCCCAAUACAUGAGGCCCGGGUCACGGCUGCUCCUGUGGCUGGAGCAGAAUCUGGAGAGAGUGCUUCCUCAGCCCCCCAGAUCCUCCGAGGUCUGGAGAGAUGAGCCUGCAGUUGCUACAGGUGCUGCCUCGGACCCAGUGCCUCCAGGAUGCCCCCAGGAAACAGGGCCCAAGCUGCAGGCCCGGGAGAGCGCCCCCCUGCCCACUGCCAUCCCCCUGCAGCCCAAGGAGGAACCCAAGGAGGUGCCAGCUCCAGAGCCCCAGCCUAGCUCCCAGGCCCAGGCCUCCUCCCUGCCACCACCCAGGGACACUGCCAGGCUGGUGGCGUGGGUCCUGCACAGGCUGGAGAUGGCUUUGCCGCAGCCAGUGCUACAUGGGAAGAUAGGGGAACAGGAGCCUGACUCCCCUGGGAUAUGUGAUGUGCAGACCAUCAGCAUCCUUCCUGGAGGGCAAGUGGAGCCUGACCUCGUCCUAGAAGAGGUUGAACCGCACUGGGAGGAUGCCCACCAGGAUGUCAGUACCAGCUCGCAGGGUACAGAGGUGGUUCCAGCUUAUGAAGAGGAGAACAAAGCCAUGGAAAAGAUGCCGAGAGAGCUGUCCAGGAUUGAAGAGGAGAAAGAAGAUGAGGAGGAGGAAGAGGAAGAGGAGGAGGAGGAAGAGGAGGAGGAGGUGACUGAGGUGCUGCUGGAUAGCUGUGUGGCGUCGCAGGUGGGCGUGGACCAGAGCGAAGAAGACAGGACCUGGCCCCAGAGCGCUUCAGACCAGAAGUUGUGGGAGGAAGCUGGGGAGGAGGCCGGGAAGGAGGCUGAAGAGGAGACUGAAAAGGAACACCAGGACCACGCGGGGACCAAGGAGGAGCCUGAGGCUGAGGCCAAGGCUGCCAGUUCAGGAGUGCCUGCCACGAAAGAGCACCCGGAAGUGCAGGUGGAAGAUACGGAUGCUGAUAGCUGCCCCCUCUUGGCAGAAAAGAAUCCACCCUCACCCGUGUUGCUGCCACCAUCUCCUGCCAAAUCCGACACCCUCACAGUCCCAAGCUCAGCCUUGGGGACACACAGGAAGAAGCUGCCCUCUGAGGAUGAUGAGGCUGAAGAGCUUAAGGCGUUGUCACCAGCCGAGUCCCCAGUGGUUGCCUGGUCGGACCCCACCACCCCAAAGGACACUGACGGCCAGGACCGUGCGGCCUCCGCGGCCAGCACAAAUAGCGCCAUCAUCAACGACCGGCUCCAGGAGCUGGUGAAGCUCUUCAAGGAGCGGACAGAGAAAGUGAAGGAGAAACUCAUCGACCCUGACGUCACCUCUGAUGAGGAGAGCCCCAAGCCCUCCCCAGCCAAGAAAGCCCCAGAGCCAGCUCCAGCCAUGAAGCCCGCAGAAGCCGAGCCAGUGGAAGAGGAGCACUAUUGCGACAUGCUCUGCUGCAAGUUCAAACGCCGCCCCUGGAAGAAGUACCAGUUUCCCCAGAGCAUUGACCCACUGACCAACCUGAUGUAUAUCCUAUGGCUGUUCUUCGUGGUAAUGGCCUGGAAUUGGAACUGUUGGCUGAUUCCCGUGCGCUGGGCCUUCCCCUACCAGACCCCGGACAACAUCCACCUCUGGCUGCUGAUGGAUUACCUGUGUGACCUCAUCUACUUCCUGGACAUCACCGUGUUCCAGAUACGCCUGCAGUUUGUCAGAGGCGGGGACAUCAUUACGGACAAAAAGGACAUGCGAAAUAACUACCUGAAGUCUCGCCGCUUCAAGAUGGACCUGCUCAGCCUCCUGCCCUUGGAUUUUCUCUAUUUGAAAGUCGGCGUGAACCCCCUCCUCCGCCUGCCCCGCUGUUUAAAGUACAUGGCCUUCUUCGAGUUUAACAACCGCCUGGAAUCCAUCCUCAGCAAAGCCUACGUGUACAGGGUCAUCAGGACCACAGCCUACCUUCUCUACAGCCUGCACUUGAAUUCCUGUCUUUAUUACUGGGCAUCGGCCUAUGAGGGCCUCGGUUCCACUCACUGGGUUUACGAUGGCGUGGGAAACAGUUAUAUUCGCUGUUACUACUUUGCUGUGAAGACCCUCAUCACCAUCGGGGGGCUGCCUGACCCCAAGACACUCUUUGAAAUUGUCUUCCAGCUGCUGAAUUAUUUCACGGGUGUCUUUGCUUUCUCUGUGAUGAUUGGACAGAUGAGAGAUGUGGUAGGGGCCGCCACCGCGGGACAGACCUACUACCGCAGCUGCAUGGACAGCACGGUGAAGUACAUGAACUUCUACAAGAUCCCCAAGGCCGUGCAGAACCGCGUCAAGACCUGGUACGAGUACACCUGGCACUCGCAAGGCAUGCUGGAUGAGUCAGAGCUGAUGGUGCAGCUUCCAGACAAGAUGCGGCUGGACCUCGCCAUCGACGUGAACUACAACAUCGUUAGCAAAGUCGCACUCUUUCAGGGCUGUGACCGGCAGAUGAUCUUUGACAUGCUGAAGAGGCUUCGCUCUGUUGUCUACCUGCCCAAUGACUAUGUGUGCAAGAAGGGGGAGAUCGGCCGUGAGAUGUACAUCAUCCAGGCAGGGCAAGUGCAGGUCUUGGGCGGCCCUGAUGGGAAAUCUGUGCUGGUGACGCUGAAAGCUGGAUCUGUGUUUGGAGAAAUAAGCUUGCUGGCUGUUGGGGGUGGGAACCGGCGCACGGCCAACGUGGUGGCCCAUGGGUUUACCAACCUCUUCAUCCUGGAUAAGAAGGACCUGAAUGAGAUUUUGGUGCAUUAUCCUGAGUCUCAGAAGUUACUCCGGAAGAAAGCCAGGCGUAUGCUGAGAAACAACAACAAGCCCAAGGAGGAGAAGAGCGUGCUGAUCCUUCCGCCCCGGGCGAGCACCCCGAAGCUCUUCAGCGCUGCCCUCGCUAUGACAGGAAAGAUGGGCGACAAGGGGGCAAAAGGUGGCAAACUUGCUCACCUCCGGGCCCGGCUCAAAGAACUGGCCGCGCUGGAGGCGGCUGCAAAGCAGCAAGAGUUGCUGGAACAGGCCAAGAGCUCGCAAGACGCCAAGGGAGAGGAAGGCUCGGCCGCCCUAGACCAGCCCACGCCCCCAAAGGAGGCCACCCCCGACCCACCCGCGCCCCAGACGCCCCCCGAACCCCUGGGGUCUCCACCGCGCUCUCCACCGCCUGCCUCCCUUGGGAGGCCCGAGGGAGAAGAGGAGGGGGCGGCCCAGCCUGAGGAGCACUCGGUGAGGAUCCGCAUGAGCCCAGGCCCGGAGCCCGGCGAGCAGAUCCUGUCGGUGGAGAUGCCGGAGGAAAAGGAGGAGAAGGUGGAGUAAGGUGUGGUGAGGCGGCUCCCACGCGCAGUUCUGGCAGGUGUGCCCCCAAUGCCCGCUGCGCCCCUGCGCCCCAGCUUCCCCCACGGCCCAAGAGGAGAUGCUUUUCCGCAGUCGUGGCCUCAGUGGCUGCAGCUCUGACCGCCCUGCCAGCACGCCAGCCCCGACUUAGCUCCUCGCGGGCUGGGCCUGAGCUCGACACAUUUCAUCAAGUGUUCCAGUCCCUGAGCUCUCAGUAUCAGUUGAGAGCCCUGCCUUUUCCUGACUGUUCCUUUUUUUAAGAACAAAAUGAUGUUCCACUUUUAAAGUUCAUGGGUGGGGGAUAAAGUGAGGCUCCAAUAUAUGGGAAGCUUUGUUGAAAAAGUAAAGGGUUAUUGAAUGUGUGGGGUUUCCCCUCAGGAAUUUGUCUAACACAUUUCAAGGACAGAAAAUACUUCACGGCCGGGCAUGGUGGCUCAUGCCUAUAAUCCCAGUGCUUUGGGAAGUCGAAGGAGGAGGAU